UGUAGUUUUGGUGCCUGUCCUGAAUCUCGCUCCGUAGACCAAGCUGGCCUCAAACUCACAGAGAUCCGCCGGGCUCUGCCUCCCAAGUGCUGGGAUUAAAGACGUGCACCACCACCGCCGCCGCCUGGCCCAAAGAACAUUUUUGAUUGCUGGAUUUCAAUACUUUGAUAGCUGGACUUUGGUAGUCUGCCUCAGGAGAAGGAGGUGGCCAAAUAAGGGAAUAGACCGUGGGGGCCAGCUUUAGGAGUGUAAUCUUUAGGGAAUGGGGGGAGGGACAAGGCCUGCCAGAGCCACGUGCUCCAGUGGGCCAGUGUCCCGUCAACACUAGUGUGUGUCCAGUGAACUGCCUUAAAAUGGUGGAUGAAAUAAAAGAAGUGAGAUGAAAAUAUCCAUUCUGGCCAGGCUGGUUGGUAUAUGGCUGUAAUUCCAGCAUUACAGAGACUGAGGCAGAAAGGAUGUGAGUUCAAGACCAACUUGGGCUGCACAGAGGCACCCAAUCUCAAAACAAACAACAAAAACCCCUCCUUUCCUCCAGGGUUACCGUCUGGAGUUCCUGUGCAUCAGGGUGAGAUGCUCCAAGGAAUUAGAAUUGGAAAGAGGCAGGGAAUGUAUGGCUGGCUCCUCCACUUUGCCAGUUGUGUGUGUUGGGGGCCGGCAGGGCGACCAACCAUGGCGCCUGUACUUGGUGUCAGCCCCCAUAUUCCGGGUAGUGGGGUGGAUCUCUCAAGGGUGCCCCACGUCCUGCGUGCACCCCCUGGUCCCUCCACUGCUCCAGGGGCGGUGUGGCAUGCCUGUGAGCAAACUCAGUCUAAAGCGGGGAGAAUCCCGGGACCGGAGCGGGGAGCCAGGGGAGGAGAGCCGGGGAGUGGAGCCAGGGUCAUCCGACAGCAGCUCUCCUGGCGGCAGGCCGGCCGCAGCGGGGGGGGACCGUCCUACACCCUGGGUGCUCGCUCCUCCUCCCGUCCCCUGCGCAUCCCUGCUCGCGCUCCUGGAGCUCGGCAGAGUCUCACUGGGGCGCUGCCGCGAGGGAGCUUCAGGCUCACCAAAACCGGGACCGCCGCGGAAACCAGGGCAGGGUCCGCUUCGCUGACACCAUGAAUGGCUCGGGCAGCCUGGGGGCCGAGGACACGAGCCAGGAAGUCAGCGGCGGCGGCUGGCAGCCCGAGGCGGUCCUCGUGCCCCUGCUUUUCGCGCUCAUCUUCCUCGUGGGCACCGUGGGCAACGCGCUGGUGCUGGCUGUGCUGCUGCGCGGCGGCCAGGCGGUCAGCACCACCAACCUGUUCAUCCUCAACCUGGGCGUGGCCGACCUGUGCUUCAUCCUGUGCUGCGUGCCUUUCCAGGCCACCAUCUACACCCUGGACGGCUGGGUGUUCGGCUCGCUGCUCUGCAAGGCCGUUCAUUUCCUCAUCUUCCUCACCAUGCACGCCAGCAGCUUCACACUGGCCGCGGUCUCCCUGGACAGGUAUCUGGCCAUCCGCUACCCGCUGCACUCCCGCGAGCUGCGCACACCUCGAAACGCGCUGGCGGCCAUCGGGCUCAUCUGGGGGCUCGCACUGCUCUUCUCCGGGCCCUACUUGAGCUACUACCGUCAGUCACAGCUGGCCAACCUGACCGUGUGCCACCCAGCGUGGAGCGCGCCUCGACGCCGCGCCAUGGACCUCUGCACCUUCGUCUUCAGCUACCUGUUGCCUGUGCUCGUCCUCAGCCUGACCUACGCGCGUACCCUGCGCUACCUCUGGCGCACAGUCGACCCAGUGGCUGCAGGCUCGGGCUCCCAGCGCGCCAAACGCAAGGUGACACGCAUGAUCGUCAUCGUUGCCGCGCUCUUCUGCCUAUGUUGGAUGCCCCACCACGCGCUUAUCCUCUGCGUGUGGUUUGGUCGCUUCCCGCUCACGCGCGCCACUUACGCGCUGCGCAUCCUUUCACACCUAGUUUCUUAUGCCAACUCGUGUGUCAACCCCAUCGUUUACGCGCUGGUCUCUAAGCAUUUCCGUAAGGGUUUCCGCAAAAUCUGCGCAGGCCUGCUGUGCCGCGCCCCAAGGCGAGCCUCAGGCCGAGUGUGUGUUGUGGCGCCUGGCAACCAUAGUGGCAGUGUGCUGGACCGCGAGUCCACAGACCUGACCCAUGUGAGCGAGGCAGGGGGGCCUCUUGUCGCAGCACCCGGACUUCCCAACAGCACAGCCUCGAGUAGAGCCCUCGAUCCUGUAGGUUAAAGGAUCAAAGGGCGUCUAAGGACAUCUUCACAGUGUGGCCUGAGAACACCUUGGGGGUUAUGCUUGAAUGUUCGAGAGUUGCAGCCCAAGACUGAGAAUUGUAGGGAAUGCUCUCUGAUAUUAAACUGCACAGAUUGCUAGUCACGUGACAUAAGCCUUCAAUCCCAGCACUUGGGAAGUUGAAGGAGCAGGAGCAAAGCCAGCCUGGAGUCUGAGCCCCCCUUGAACUACACGAGAUACA